AUGGGUUCUCUUAGCAAGGAUUCAAGGGAAGAAGUGAUUCAGGCAUGGUACAUGGAUGACAGCACUGAGGAUCAGAGACUUCCUCAUCAUAGGAACCCACAGGAAUUUGUGUCCUUUGAAAAACUUGAUGAGCUUGGAGUGCUUAGCUGGAGGUUAGAUGCUGACAACUAUGAAACAGAUCCAGAGCUGAAAAAAAUUCGCGAAGCUCGUGGAUAUUCUUACAUGGACUUCUGCGAAGUUUGUCCGGAAAAACUUCCAAACUACGAGGAGAAGAUUAAGAACUUUUUUGAAGAACAUCUGCACACUGAUGAGGAAAUUCGGUAUUGUGUUGCAGGGAGUGGUUAUUUUGAUGUGCGUGAUCGUGAUGAGUCUUGGAUCCGCAUUUGGGUGAAGAAAGGGGCCAUGAUUGUCCUACCAGCUGGGAUUUAUCAUCGUUUUACACUUGAUUCAGACAAUUAUAUCAAGGCAAUGCGGCUGUUUGUUGGUGAGCCUGUAUGGACCCCAUAUAAUCGCCCUCAUGAUCAUCUUCCUGCUAGGAAACAAUAUGUUGAGACCUUUGUGGAGAAGGCCGAAGCUGGUCAAGCUGUUGAUGCUGCAGCUUGA